AUGUCCUUCAAUAAUCUAAAAUCCUCUAUUGGCCAAGCCUUGCAAGGCUUGUCUGAAAGUGUGUCUCAGAAGACUCAAGAAAUGGCUUCCACAUGGCCAGCUUAUGCUCAAGUUCAACAACGUUUAGCCCAAGAAAAAUUGGGUCAAAUCACUGAUAUCUCUCAAAUGCCACGUGAAUAUAUUGACUUAGAAGAUAGAAUUGAUAAUUUGCAAAAUUCUAUUCAAGUAUUAUUACAUGUCACAAGAGUUUAUGAAGAACCAGCUUAUGAUUGGCCAUACUCUACCCAAGAAUCUGUUCAAGAUUGGUCUCGUGCCAUCGGUUCAAGAGUUCAAGAAUUAUCUCGUGCUUCUUCUGCUUCAGAAGCUGGUAAUCUUUUAAAAUCUCCAGUUGGUCCAGAAAAUGGUCCACGUACUUUAAAUUAUGCUUUAUCCCAAGCUUCUUUAGCUGUCUCAACUUUAACUUCAAGUAACAUGCCUGGUCCAAAUGGAGAAGGUUUAUCAUCGGGCUUAAUUGCUUAUAGUGAUACACAAGCUAAAUUGGCUCAAAUAAGAAUUGCUCAAGAUACUCAAGUUCAAACUAAAUUUAACAAACAAUUAAGAGAAAUUCUAAAUAAUCCAAUUGCUAAGGCCAAUAAAUAUCGGAAAGAUGUUCAAUAUAAGAGAGUGUUAUAUGAUAUUGCAAGAACUAAUUUACAAAAUGCAAGACCAGAAAAGGAAGCCUCUUUAAGAGUUGAAAUGGAAACUUUAGAAGAUCAAUUUGCUCAAAUCACUGAAGAAGCCACCAUUGUCAUGCAAGAAACUUUAUCAAACACCCAUCUAUUAAAGAAUGUUGCUGAAUUAGCAGAAAUUCAAAAGAAUUACUACAAACAAUCCUUGGAAUUGAUGAACGAUUUAAUGCCAGUCUUCAAUACUGCUAAAGGUGAUGAUGAAGAUUUUGAAAUAGAUGCUAAAAAAGAUCCAUUGGCUGCCAAAAAAGUUGUUGAUGACGAUGAAUAA